UCGGCUCCCGUCAUGAGCACUGCAACGCUUUGAUAUCAGAAGCCACUGUCGCCAUUGCUCGAGUUGAAAUUAGGUUUCUUGCCAUGUGAGAGACCCUAAGGCUCAAAACAACAUGAAAUCCUUGGGGACAUUUCCGCAGCAAUGGUGGUUCCGGUCCGGAUCCUUCACACCCCAGCUUUCUGUCAACCGUUGAACCAGCCCUCGCAAUGGAUUCAGACCCCCAAGCUGAUACCGGUACACCCCCAACCGAAACCAAGAUGCCAAUGCCAGACCUUUCACAAACCCGCUUUCGCACAAUCCACGCCUUGCUCGACGGUUACGCAAGCCUCAAACCCUCAGAGCUCCUCAAGCCCCUCUCGCCCGACUUCACCUACUCUGUGCUACCCUCCAGCCUGGGAAUGAGAGACCUCGACAGGGAGGCCUUUGGCCUUCACGCAGCCGGUGUGUUUUCGGUCUUUGACCAGUUCCGAAUGGUCCCCAGCACCAUGUAUGAGGAUGAGAAGCGUGGUGUGGUGGUCAUUCAGGCACGCAUGGAGGGCAAACUCAAGGCCCGUCAUGCCGGCCGGGGUGAAUGGUCGAAUGAGUGCGUCAUAAUUGUGCGGCUGUCCGACGCGGGGGGCCAGGUGGUGCAGAUUCAGGAGUUUGUGGAUAGUAGUAAGGCGAUGGAGAUGCAGAGACGGCAUGGGCAUGCAGAGGGGGCCUUUGCGCCGUUGGUGGGUGGUGAGAGGAGAAGUUGGUUAGCGAGCAUGGUGUUGUUUAUGUGUGGUCUUGUUGCGGGGGGGUUGGUUGGAGUUAGGCGGCUGCUGCUGGCAACAUGAACCGUCUCCCUGCUUUGGGUUGUUUUUGGCCGAUGGAUGUUAGGGAGAGAUCCUCGCCCUCAGCUGUGACACCAGUCAAGUUCAAGUUACAUGAUAUGCAGUUGAUUGGAUGCUUCAGGAUUGAUACUGCUGCAUCGUGAAGCUGUCACAAUUCCUGAAUCAAG